AUGUCAAAAAGCGGUACAAAUUUGAUAAAAGAAGAUGAUGAAUUCGAUAUUCUCGAUUUUUGUCGACGACAUUUGAGAGCAAGAGCUUGGACGAAUGCCAGAAGUGUGAGUGACAUGGACCAUUGCUCAUUUUAUAUCUAGAAUAUACUAGAAAUAAGAUCGGACCGCCAUCAAAGCAAAUUUGGGCCGGUUCUGAAUUUAAAAAAAAAAUUCUGAAAAUUUUCAGCAAAGUUAUACAGCGAAAGAACUCAAAGAGCUCAUAAAACUAGUCAUCGAGCAACUAAAAAAAGACGAAACACUUGUGAAUUUAUCGCCUCCCUGUAUAAUUGUGGGCGAUAUUCAUGGACAAUAUCGAGAUUUGAUUCGAAUUCUCAACUUCAAAAAUACAAAAACCUUGGAGGAAACCAAAAAAGAUGGGAAAAAUAAGAGGAAGAAGAAGGAGGAAAUCGCAAAAAGUAUCGGAAUGUCAACUUGUCGAUAUAUGUUUUUGGGUGAUUUUGUGGAUCGUGGACCGAAUUCGGUUGAAUGUAUUUGUUUGGUUUUUUCGUUGAAAUGCAUUUUUCCGGAUCAAUAUAAGUUGUUGAGAGGAAAUCAUGAGACUAAGGAGACUAAUUUUGUAUAUGGAUUUAGGGUAAGUUAAGGAGGGGGGAUUCCACGUGGAUUUUUACAAAAAAGUUCACAAAGGAAAAAAUGACACGUGGAUUUUUUUGGAAAUUUUUUGAAAUGUAUUUUUUGACGGAGAUUUUACCAGUUUAGCUCAUAGAAAAAGUAAUGACGUGGCAAAAUUUUGUAAAAUUUUCCAGAACAUUCUAGCGUUUUGAGGAAAUUGAUUAAAAAAUUUUUUUAAAAAUUAAAUUUCAGAGAAAAAUUUGUGUUUCAAAAUUUCCCAGGAAUAAUUUGCUAAAAUGAGCAAAAGUUAUUUUUAACAUGAGCAAUGUUUCAAAAUUUUCUCAAUUUUUGAGAAACAUUUUUACUUUUAAAAUCUUGACCAAAAAAAAAGAAAAGUUAUGACGUGGCAAAGUCAAAAGUUCAAAAGUUCACAAAGGAAAAGAUGCCACGUGGAUUUUUUUUUAGAAUUCAGAAAAAUUUUGAGCUUCAAUUUUUCACAGCGAAAAACUUUGUGUUUCAAAAGAUGCCCAGAGUACUUUGCUAAAAUAAGCAAAAGUUAUUUUUAACAUGAGCAAUGUUUCAAAUUUUUCUCAAUUUUUGAGGAUUCCACGUGGAUUUUUUUCUGAAAACACUUUUACUUUUAAAAUUUUGACCAAAAAAAAACUAAGAAAAAAGCUAUGACGUGGCAAAAUCAAAAGUUCACAAAGGAAAAGAUGCCACGUAGAUUUUUCUAGAAAAAGUUUUGAAUUUUUCCAGGAAGAACUCGUCGAUAAAAUCGGUCAAAAAGACGGAAUCGAAGUUUGGAAUCGUUUCAACGAAGCGUUCGCAUGGAUGCCAUUAGCAGGACUUGUUGGCACAAAAAUUCUGUGCAUGCAUGGCGGUAUUUCACCGCAUCUCAAAUCAUUGGACGAUAUUCGGAAUGUAAGAACAUUUUUCACUCUGAGCCAAGUUCUGAGUUCUCAUAAAGGCCUAAAAUGGACCCUGAAAAUUCAUAUUUUUGAGCCAAUUUUUGAACUUUUGAGGGCUCAAAACUUGGCUCAGAGAAGCCCAAAAAAAUCCCCCAAAAAUUUGCAGAUCAAACGUCCACUUUCAAAACCUCUCGACAACACAUUGGCGUUCGAUUUAAUGUGGAGCGAUCCAUUAAUCGAUUUUUCGAUCGGAAAAAUGAAAGAAAACACUUGUGAAUCAUCGCUCUUCAUUCCGAAUGCUCAUCGAAGUUGUUCAGUUUCGUUCAGUGAAAAAGCGGUGCAAGAAUGUUGUAAAAAGCUGAACAUCAAUCUGAUUGUUCGAGCGCAUCAAGUGUUUGAUGUUGGUUUUCGAUUUUUUGCUGACAAAAAACUUAUCACUAUUUUUAGUGCUCCGAGAUAUCAAGGAAAUGUGCGUUUUUUUCCUUUUUUAAAAUUUAAAGAUUCUAGAAUUUGUCUGAAAAUUUGUCUGAAAAAAUAGUAACUUCCAAACUGCAAGAGUAUACUGUAGCCUUAUCAUUACUGUAACUCUCGAACUGCAAGGAUUACCGAAGCCUAGGACUAUUCCUAACUGCACAUGGUACGGUAACUCCAAGACUGCAAGGGAUACUGUACCUCAUAGAACCGCAAGGAUCACUGUAGACUAGGGUUAUUCCAGACUGCUUACUGUAACUUCCAGACUGCAAGGGAUACUGUAGUCUAAGGGUUGUUUUCCGGAUUGCAGAACUUAGCUUAAAGGUUAGAAUAUCGAGAACUGCAAGGACUACGGUAGCCUAGGGCUAUUCCGGACUGCAAAUAGUACGGUAACUUCCAGACUGCAAGGGAUAUUGUACCUCAUAGAACUGCAAGGAUUAGUGUAGCCUAGGGUUAUUCCAGACUACAAAUAGUACUGUAGCCUCAGGGUUACUGUAACUCCCGGACUGCAAGGGUUACUGUAUCCGCUGGGGUUUCUGAAACUUUCGAACUGCAAGAAUUACUGUAGCCUCAGGGGUACUGUAGCUUUUUUCAUUUCAGAACUUGCCUGAAAUUCACAGUUCAAUUAUUAUCUGUAUUCCUAGAAUUCCGCGAAAAUCAAAAACUUUCAAUCACAUUUCCUUCCAGAACAUGGCUUCUGUUCUGCGAGUUGCUGAAAAUGGUGGAAUCGCAAUUACAGUAUUCGCAGCUCGAAAAAAUGACAAAGAAGAGGCAAAUAAAGAUGACAAAGAUUAA